GCCCGCGGCCCCGCCUUCCCGUCCUCGCCGCCGAGCUGCUCCGGUAGCGCUGCUCCCCUCCUCCGCCCCGCGUCCUGACUCUGUUCCCUCCUUUCCCUCAGAGGAUGUCCGCCUUCCAGAUCAACCUCAGCCCGCUCAAGGAGCCGCUCGGCUUCAUCAAGGUCCUGGAGUGGUUUGCUUCCAUCUUUGCUUUUGCCACCUGCGGCGGGUUUAAGGGCACAACAGAAAUUCAAGUGAGUUGUCCUAAAGGCGACAAUAGGACGGUUACAGCUGCUUUUGGUUAUCCAUUCAGGUUGAAUCAGGCAUCGUUCCACUCACCCCCGAAUGUCAACGUGUGUGAUGUGAAAUGGGAGAACCAUGUCCUCAUAGGUGACUACUCCUCCUCCGCACAGUUCUAUGUCACGUUCGCCGUCUUUAUGUUCCUGUACUGCAUUGCGGCCCUUGUGCUCUAUGUAGGCUACACGAACCUCUACCGGGACAGUCGCAAACUCUCCAUGAUUGACUUUAUUGUUACUCUUGUGGCCACUUUUCUGUGGUUGGUGAGUUCCUCAGCCUGGGCUAAAGCUCUUACAGAUAUUAAAAUAGCUACUGGACACAAUAUUAUUAAGGAACUUGAUCCUUGUCUGUCAAAAGUGUUGUGUCAAUUUGUUUCCGUGACUAGUAUGGGAUCCCUAAAUGUAUCCGUGAUCUUUGGCUUUCUGAAUAUGAUACUUUGGGGAGGAAAUGCUUGGUUUGUAUACAAGGAGACCAGCUUACAUAGUCCAUCAAAUACGUCAGCUUCCCACAGCCAAGGAGGCAUCCCACCCCCUUCUGGAAUAUAAUUAAAUGGGGGAAAUAUACUGUAUGAAAUGUGUGCUAUACUAUGCCUUGUUGCCAACAUCUUGAGAAGCAUUAUUGUUUCUAAUAAAAAGUAAUGGCUUUUUCAGUAAAUUGGUGGGUUUAAAAUUUUGCUGCUUUUCUAUAUAAAACGUGCCUUUUCUAGAAAUGCAAGAUGUAAAUGCAUUUUAAAUGUAAGUUUGAACAUUCAGGAGCCUGUUUAUGAGAUGAUACUUAUUUUUAAGUGAACAAUAAUUUCACUAAGUUACCUUCUAAAGUGUUUACACCUUAAGCCUUAACAUAAACCUUCAUUCAGAAAAGUUAUGUCAUAUCAUAAUAUAGGAAGAAUGAGUUUGGAAUAUACACUACUGAUAGUUUGUACACAUCGUUCCCCUAAAGCUUGGCUUGUUUAAGAAAACCUUGAUUGCAUAAAUUGUAUUUAGGAAAAAAGAUUAGUAUAAAUUUUAUAUCUGAAUAUUGUUCAUGUUAAAAAUUUUUGAAUUGCAAAGAAUGGGUAUAUAUUUUGUUUCUGUUUUUCUAAAUGACCUGCUGUACUUAUUAGGUGUACUGAAAUUGUCUUACGAGCAAGGACUUGAAAAUUCUAACAAAUAUGUAGAGUUAACUUUGUGCUUCUGUUGCUUGAGGUAUAUUCAUUAUUUCUGGUGGUUUCUUAGGCUUGCUAUGUUAGAAAGAGCAUGGUUCCCACAAUAGCUAUAUAUAUAUGUGGACAUUCUUUAUGAUAAUGGUUUGCUAUCCUUGUUCACAAGAGAGAAAAAUCUACCUGUUUUCUUCAAGACCCUGUUAGAGGGUUAGAAAAAAUUAAGGUUGCUUUUCACUUUAGAAACAUUAAAAUUUAGUCAAUGAAGUUGUUUCUCCUGAGUUUAACAUUGAUAUUGUGAAAAUAAGUGCAGUUCAGAUUUCAUAUUUCUUAAUAUUCAUUCUUACUUCACAAAAGGAUGAUUAAGGAAUUAUGCUAUAAAGGAACCUCAGUAAACUGUAUUGUGUAUGUGCUGUCUUUACACACACAUUUGGGUAUGUUGAGAAUACAAUGCUUUUUGUUGUACAGGGAUCCAGACUUCCUGUCCUUACAAGAUGAUGUUUGUAUUGCGAAGCACAUCUUGAGAUAUUGCCUUAUUUUUAUUGCUUUAUUCGUGGCAAAGUGUCUAUGUAAGAAUGUAUGUUUAAUACAGCAAACAAUAAAGAAGUUACAAUAAAGAUGCCCCAGUGUGACAGUAACUCCCCAUCCUCAGGUAUGCGCAGCACAGAAUGGAACUGGUUUUCAAAGCAGGAGGUAGAAUUACAAUAGUGUUUUUAAGUUUAGAACAGAAUGAAAUGCCCAGCAUUUCAUUCUCAUUUGAAAGCAUAACUCUUACAUUGUUUUCCUGGUAAACAUUUUCUAAUUGGUCAGUCAAAUAGCAAACAUUACUGAUUGAGAAGAUACAGCUUCUGCAACAUAACACACUGGGUAGACUGCUUGUCUUGCAUACAUGAGGCCCUGGUUUUAAUCCCUGCACUACAUAACCCAGCUGUGGCAGCCCAAGUCUCUAAUCUCAGCACUGCAGUUUAAGGUCAUCCUUGGCUACCUGGGGAAUCCAAGGCCAAUCUGGGAUGUGUGAGUCAGGCACACUCAUUUCCUGCUCGCCAGGUGCACUCUGUGUGUGUGUGUCUGUCUGUCUGUCUGUCUGUCUGUCUCUCCCUUCUCUGUUUCUCUGUGUGUGUAUGUCUCAUCUCUGUCUCUCCCUCUGUGUGUGUGUGUGUGUGUAUGUGUGUGUGUGUGUAUGUAUCUCUCAUCUCUGUCUCUUCACACCCUCUUUCCAUUCCUCCCUCCUCUUCUUUCUCCCCCACCCUGGAGCUAAACUCCAUGGUUUUGAACCUAGCCUUGACUAUUCACUAGCUGGCUAACAAGAUGAAAUACCCUCUCUACCACCAUUUGUAUCUGAAAACAUGGAAAUAAAAGUACUGACCUUGGCCUGGAGAGAUGGCUCAGGGCUUAGGAGCACUGACUUCUCUUCCAGAGGACCAGUUUCAAUUCUCAGCACCUACAUGACAGCUAAUAACCAACUAUAACUCCAAAGGCAUCCAGUGUCCUCUUCUGGCUUCCACUGGUACUACAUUUAUACAUAGACACACACAUGCAGGCAAAACGCUCAUAUGUAGCUGAAGUUUUCCUGUGUCCCGCCCAGUCCACAGCCACUCAGACCCAAGUAAACACACAGAGAUUUAUAUUAAUUAAAACUGAUGGCCAUUAGAUCAGGCUUACUACUAACUAGCUAUUAAACUUAGCCCAUUUUUGUUAAUCUAUAUGUCACCACAUUUUCUGUGGCUUUACCUGUAUGCCAUUACAUGCUGCUCCCUGGAUGGUGGGCUGGCGUCUUUUGCCUCAGCCUUCCUCUUUCCAGAAUUUUUCUUGUCUGUUUAUCCCACCUAUACUUCCUGCCUGGCUACUGGCCAAUCCUGCUUCGAAGAAGAAACUGCCAGACAAAGUUUUAUUUAUCAACCAAUCAGAGCAACACAUUCACAGCAUACAGAACAUCCCAUGGCAUCUCCCCUUUUUGUCUAAUCAAAAAAGAAGGGUUUAACUUUAACAUAGUAAAAUUACAUAUUAUGUAACAGUUAUCAAGCAAGAAUUAACAGUUACAAUAUCUAGUCUAUAUUUGGCAAAAAUUAAAAUAUUUUAUCCUCUAUUUGUGAGUCUAAAGUUUUAUAUCUAAUUUAUCUUUUAUCAUAACCAAGGAAAAUUAUAACUAAUUUUCAACUACAUUGAAGACCCUAGAAGGAUAUAAACUACCUAAGUAAACAGGAAGAACAUGGUAAGCAACUUACAAAAAUCUAGAAUGACAGAGACAGCUGUCUGCCUGGAUAGUCAUCAAAAGUUCCUCUGUACUGUUGGGGCAUCCAUCUUUAGCCCAUAGGCCUAGAGUCUCUGUGUCCUGUAGAAUGUCUGGCAGUUUCUUCUUCGAAGCAGGAACCUGAAGGACCAUUUUGCCUUGCAAAAGUUCAGUGGUCACCUUCCUAUAGGUCCUGUAAGUCCAGUUUAUACAACAUAUUGUCAAGCAGUCGACACAAGGUCACUUUUUGCCCAGUGGCUAACUUUUGCCACAAAGAAAACAAACUCCAUAAUGAGUUUCUUUAAUGUUCAUUAACUUCUCUGAAGUAGAUUGGUGCUACCAGGAGCAGACAUGUCUCAAUGUCCAGAAAGUCAAAGUUGUUAAAACAUCUUAAAUGCCAUAUUUUGUAAGUCUUUGAAGUGUUUGAAGAUUACCUACCUAAUUGAAAUAUAUCUAUGUAUACCUAGAAAACUUAACUAACAUGAUUAUAAGUUUGAUUAUCAUAGAUGACUAAUAAUUAUACAUUAUGGUUUCAAAUGAGCUGCACAAACAUGAUACCUUAAACAAGAGUAGAAAUAUACAUACAGUAUAACAAAAUUCACUUUAAAUUUAUAUCAAUAAACUAAAAUCUACACCAAUGUAAAACAUUUUAAACAAAUUGCUCUUUAAAAGUAGAUUCAACAAUCUACCCUUUUAUCCUAUCAUAUCUAUACUAUCUUUUUUUAGAAAGAGAUUGCAUUUAUAAUCAACCUGUUUUAAAUAAAAAUGAACAUUUAUGAACAAUAUUUUGGGAAUUUGGGUGUAGUUUCUCAUACUACUUCCUGCUGGAUGAGGGCGCUGGUAAUCUAAUGGAGAUCCUGAGGAAAUUAUGGUCAAGUCCUGACUGGAGUAGUCUGUGAGACUGCAUUGUCUGAGCCAGCUGCCUUGAAACAGUUCUGGAUUUUGGAUCAUCUGGGCUAUGUUGUCAUCGGAGACCUCUUAGGGGGUCUUGACUGGUCAAACCAUAUUAGCUUGGAGGCAAUCCAUAGGUUCUCGUCUUCUGUGGAAACAAAAGCAGAACCUCUUUUCCAAAGCAACAUGUCCAUAGACAUAAAUUUUGAAAUCAAGAUAUCUUUAAAAUAUACACAUUGGUUUAACUGAGUAGGCUUUUUCUGCUUUUAAAAAUUCCAAACACAAUAUAAUAGACUUUCUGUGUAAUAUCCAUCUUUAUGUGGCUUAAUUUUUAUAUUACCUUUAUUGUCUCUUUAAAUACUUUAUUUUUUUAAUACUUUUUAUUUCUUUAUAUAACUGCAGGCAAAACACUCUUAUGUCUUUUUUUUUAACUGACUUCAGAAAUUAUAUGAAAAGCAAAUGGCUGUGGAAACAUGUUCAGCACAUAAGUCCUCUGUAAAUGUUAGCUAUGUCUGAGACUGUUAGCCUGGAGUCCAUGGGCUGGAGAAGCAAGAAGAGCUUCAAGCCAACAAGCUCCUCCCUUGGUAGUGUUUACAGUUUGAUUUCUCCUAACCACUCCUAGGUGUUUGACUUUUUCUGUUUUUGGUAGAUAUUGGAGGUUUAUGAAAUAAGGUUAAAAUUAGAGUAAACUUAGAAAGGGCUCCUGUCUCCUCCCCUUCACACUGCUUUUUAGUGAACAUUACAGAGACAAUUUCUAGAACAAAUGCAAUCAAAGCUUUCACUUCCCAGAGACAGGCUGCAGACAGCUGUAUAGAAACAGAUUCAUUGCUAAUGUUUUUAAAUAAAGUUCACAUGGAUAAAGAUCAUUUUCAAUCUGUUAAAGGUAAGGGCAGCAGUACAUGAUACUUUAUUUUGAGCAUAGUUACGUUUUUAUAUAAUAUUUCAAAAGAAUGGGUGAACAUAUAAACUCUUACAGAACAAUUGCUCUAUAUAAACCAGAUUUUUAAAAGAAAAUAUUACAAGAACAGCCUUUUCCCUACUGAGAUACAGUUGGUACAGAUAGCUCAGAAAUGAAUAUUCUUACCAAUACUUGAUGCUACCAGGGUUUUCUGUGAGAAUUUCUUCCUGUGGAUAUAAGCAGUGCCCAAGUCAUCUUGGUAGUAACCCGUGGCAUUUACAUAGGCUGCAGUUUUUCCCAUCUCUGGCUUGUAUUUUCACUGGAUUUUUGUUAUAAGAGUUUGUUCAUUUCAAUGGUAUGUAACUAUCUUCCUCAUGGCCUUUAGUUUUCCACAGUGGCCAUGGUGAAGUCAUGUAUUCUUGUAUACAUUUUAGGAUCAACUUGUCAAGUUCCUAAAGACCUUUGUGAAGUUGCAUUUGGAAAGAAUUGCAUUGAAUUUAUAAAUCCAUUUGUGGAGAAUUGUCAAGUUUAUAAUGCCACAGUUUUGUAUUUAUAAUCAUGGUAUAUUUCUGCACUUAUUAGAUCUUCUAUGCUUUUCAAUAAAAGUUAUUUUUGUUUUCCAUGUAAAGAUAUGAUUAUACUUAGCCUCAAAAGUGUUCAUGUUGUUUACAUAGUUACAUUAGAUUAUAUUCUGAAUUGAGUUGAAAUUGUUUAUUGUUAUACAUAACAAUACAUAAACAUAUGUGGAUUUUUAGCUACUGGUAUUAGUAGAAGUUGACAGGUUUUCAAACCUUGAAUUUUAAUAUGUAAAUUAUUCUGAUAUUUAAUGUAUAUCAUCCACAAAUAUUGAUGAUUUUAUUAUUGAAGUUAGACUAAACUUUCUAGUUAUUCUCUAAUUAUAUAGUAAUUGUCAAGACAAUCUAUUUUAAAAGUAGAAAAUACAUAUUUACCUGACAUACUGAAAACUGCUCAGUGCAGCACUUGUAACCACAUAUUAUACUGUUGUAUAUUGGUAGCUGUGUAACAUAAAUUCUGAUUAGUAUCAAUUGUUUCUUUGUAGCAUUGACACCUUAUUGGGAAAUACUGAUUGGAUUAAAUUGGUCACAGUAAGAAUGGUCA